AUGACCACAUAUUCGUUGAGGCAAUCUAAGGCAUUGAUAUCGGGAAUCCAAGAGGCAAUGACGAAGAAGCUGAUAGAGAAAGACGAAAAGAUCCAGAGGAUGGGGAAGAUGAAUUGGGUCCUUCAAAAAAGAGUGAAAAGCUUGUGUGUGGAGAAUCAAAUCUGGAGGGAACUGGCCCAGACUGAUGAAGCCACCGCGAAUUCCAUGCGCAGCAAUCUGGAACAAGUUCUCGCGCACGUCGGCGAGGACAGCCACGACGGCGGCAGACCGGCUCCCAGGCAGACGACGCCGAGUCAAGCUGCAGAAGCGCCGACGAGGAAGGACAGUGCACAAUGCGGCUGGUGCGGCGACAACGUCGGGCGGAAGGAUGUGUGCGUGUCCACAGUUCGGAACUGUCCGGUAUGCCAUUCCAGCAUGAACGCCAAUGUUCAUGUCAACUUCUCUCAAGGGUGGACGCUGGACAUGGAGCUGGAGGUGUAUAAAGCAAAAGGAGGUUGCUUUGCUUGGACUGCCUCAACGAAUAUGUCUCCUCAUGAGAGGAAGAGAAAGAAGAGCGGGGUAGAAGGGAGGGGAAGAAAACCAGGAUCGGACAGCCAUCGCAUGGUGAUUAACUGA